AUGGGUUACAAGUCAGGCCGACUGUUCGAGGUGCCAAUCGAUAGCAAUGGCAAAGUCGUCGUCACGAGGCUGGCAGAAAGAGUCUACAUGAUCAUGUGGAACUCUGCACCAGACAAUCGACUCACCACCUCGUUCUGCAAUGCCGUGCACACUGCGCUGGAUAUUCUGGCACUCAAGUAUCCUCAUGGCGUUGUGAUUACCACGUCUGGCAUCAGCAAGUUCUAUAGCAAUGGACUGGAUCUCGAGCAUGCGAAUUCGAACCCAACUUUUACCAAGGACUCUUUGUUUGCGCUUUGGAAGAGGUUGUUGACGUNNAAUUACCCAAUGCCCACCGUCGCCCUAAUCAACGGCCACGGCUUCGCCGGCGCUCUAAUGACAGCAAUGAUGCACGACUAUAGAAUCAUGAACCCCCAUCGCGGCUACAUCUGCCUCAACGAGGUCGAACUAGGUGUGCCCCUCAAAGCAGCCAUGUCAUCCAUCUUCCGCCAAAAGUGCUCGCCGCAAACCUAUCGUACUUUGGUGCUUGAAGGCAAGCGCUUUAAAGCUCUAGAGGCUCUGGAAGCAGGUAUUGUCGAUGGAGUGGGAGGUUUGGAUGAAGUUGUUGCGUUUGUGGAGGAAUUGGGUUUGGUGAGUAAGACGGACAAGNGGGUUUAUGGCUUGUUGAAGAGGGAGAUGUGGAGGGAGACUGUGGCGUUUUUGGAUGCGCCUGAUGAGGAGAGUGAGUACAAAGAGAGGGUUAAGAGGCAGGACGAGGAGUUGGAGAAGAAGGCCAAGCAGAGAGUCAAGGAUUGGGAGACUGCUAAGGCCAAAUUGUAG